AUGUUCCUCUCACGAUCCUCCAUCCUUGUCUUGUUUGCCCUCGUCGCCUCCCUCACAACCAUCAACGCGCAGCGAAUCCAUGCGAAACGCCUCCUGUUUCCCCGCCAGAACAGCUCGUUCGGUGGAUGGGGUCUGAAGAUGGUCAACUGCCCCGGGGAAACCCAGAAAUGCGGUACCAAUUACGGGUGCUGUCCGAAGGAUACGAUCUGCAUUACGGGUAGUCUUGCCGGGGCGCUGGCUUGCUGUCCUACGAGUAUUUCACCCGAGCUCCCUCACUCUCUCCUUCGGACUCGGGGAAGGAAGAGUGGGUAAGUCUAUCGUUGACUAACGUGAGCAUAGAGGAAUCCUGCGGCGAGGUGAUCAAGACAAUCCCCGUCUGCGCGGACCCUAGCUGGACGCUCUGGCAGAACGAUGGCCAAAAUCCAUUCUGUUGCCUGUCUGGCCAGUUCGGAUAUCAGACGGCUGGGAUGGAUUCCAGUUGUGCGGAGCCUGAUCUGCCGGUUCCGUCGAGUUUGUUAGCCACGAGUGUUUGCCCCCCCCCCCUCCCUUCGCAGCCCCUCUUGGGAAAACCGGAUCCUGACAUACCGCAAACAAAAUAGGUGGUCCCCGCUCAUGGCGCCUCAGCAACCGGUAGACCCCGCGCAUCCAAGACUGGCACCUCAACACGAGCCCGCUCAGCGACUGCGACCUCGGGCUCCUCGGGAGGCGAUUCCGCCGGCGCUGCCGAGGAGGCCACCGAUGGAGGCUCUUCUGCGUCAGCGGGCUCGACUAAUACCGCCAAGUCCGGACUAUCGACCGGAGCGAUUGCGGGAAUCGGUGUGGCCGCAGGAAUUAUUGGAAUCGCGUUAAUCGGUGGAGGUGUUUGGUGGGGCUUCAAGAAGGGGCAGCAGAAGGGUCGGGAGGGUCAGGUCGUUGUCGAGAACUAUGUGCCCGCGCCGGAGUAUACUGCUGAUGGGCGUGGUGGUGGCGAUGCGACUCGGAGCGCGGAGGGGGUUAUGGGUGCCGGUGUACGUGAUAAGCCCGUCGAGACGACGCAUGCUCCGGUGGUGCAUAGCGCGGGUAGGAGGGGGGCGGAGAUGCAGGGUUGA